CUUAUGUAAUCCUGCUGCCUUGAACUACUGAUUCUUCUGCUUUAACUUUCCAACUCUAAGGAUUAUAGUGACACUGAGAGAGAAUUGCUGGUACCCUCCUUAUGUGGAUUUAUCUUUUAAGAGAAGUUUGCUUUCGUCCGGGACAGUUUGUUGUCGUGAGAUACAUCUAAGAGAGUAUAAUCAUGGGGCAAGCUGAUGUCUCCAGACCGGUAAAUCCAGAUGCAGUUGAAGAAGCAGACCAGCAUACUGGAGAUCCAGGCAUGGUCAUGGACAGUGUAGAAGCUGGAGACACAACACCUCCGACCAAAAGAAAAAGCAAGUUCUCAGGCUUUGGCAAAAUCUUCAAGCCCUGGAAAUGGAGGAAAAAAAAAAGUAGUGAUAAAUUCAAAGAGACAUCAGAAGUUUUAGAGCGAAAAAUAUCUAUGCGAAAACCAAGAGAAGAGUUGGUUAAGAGAGGAGUUCUCCUGGAAGAUCCUGAGCAAGGUGGUGAGGAUCCAGGAAAGCUGAGCCAUGACAUAUUAAAGAAUGGCCAUACCACCCACAUAGGGAGUACCAGAUCUUCCAGCCUAGUAGAAGAAGAGGCAGUAAGAAUAUCAAGUCUUAAAGAUCCUAUUCCAGAAGAAGACCUAAAGAAGCGACUAGGCUCAACUGGAAGCCGGCCUAAUUCUGAAGCAGAGUCUAUUCCUGAGAAUGUUCCCAAACCGCCUUUACUUCCCCCGAAAAGACCCUUGUCUUCUUCUCAUGAAGCAAGUGAAGGACAAGCAAAAGACAUCACUUGUGGCAGCACAGCCAGAUCCACCUCCUCCACCUCUGCCUCCUCCGCCACCAUAGCACCUGCUGCCACUACUGCUGCCACAAACCUAGCAAAGACUGUUAAUUCUUUUGCCACCCCUACCCCAGUACCCAGGACUCUGUCUGUCGCUCUUGUCAGUACUAACACUACUCUUGCUCCUAGCCUUACGAAUAUGGUCCCUGCCAAGCAGCCCCCAGUCCCUCCCCCCAAACCAGCUCACAGAAAUAGCAACCCUGUCAUUGCUGAACUAUCCCAAGUCAUAAACAGUGGCACAUUGUUAUCAAAGCCAUCCCCACCCUUACCACCUAAGAGAGGCAUUCCAUCAACUGUGGUACCCACCUCAGAGUCUGCCACUGCCAUCACCACAAAAACACCAAGUGAUCAAAGAGAGAAGAAUGCAUUAUCUGUGAGCUCCGAACCACUGAUGAUGGUCCCACCUUCCUCCCCAUCUCCUCCACUGCCUACUCAUAUACCUCCAGAGCCCCCACGGUCUCCACCAUUCCCUGCUAAUAAGACUUUUCAAGUUGUGCCAGAAGUUGAGUUUCUACCUUCUUCAGAUCUAUCCCAAGAGGUUGCCCAGCAGGAAGACCAGAAAAAUGAAGUCUCCAAAAGGACAGUGGACCAGAGAUUUGGGGAGCCCCAUAUACCCCCUAGGCUGCCCCCAGUCCCACUUCAUAUUCGAAUUCAGCAAGCCCUAACUAGUCCCCUUCCUGUGACUCCUCCCCUUGAGGGCUCUCACCGAGCUCACUCAUUGCUCUUUGAGAGCAGUGACAACUUUUCUGAAGACAGCAAUACCCUGGGUCGGACCAGAUCACUUCCUAUCACUAUUGAAAUGCUGAAAGUUCCAGACGAUGAAGAAGAGGAGCAAAACGGCCCAUUGACACUUGUUGAAGAUACAACAUCUACCUCACCUAUUCCUAAAUUACCACAGUGUCUGCAAGAGGAAGAAGAAAAAGAGAGUGACUCAGAUUCAGAGGGUCCCAUUCAGUACCGAGAUGAAGAGGAUGAGGAUGAAAGCCAUCAGAGUGCUCUGGCUAACAAAGUGAAGAGGAAGGACACACUGGCAAUGAAGUUGAACCACAGACCCAGUGAACCAGAGUUGAACUUGAAUUCUUGGCCUCAUAAAAGCAAGGAGGAGUGGAAUGAAAUACGGCACCAGAUUGGGAACACACUGAUCCGGCGACUGAGUCAAAGACCAACACCAGAAGAACUAGAACAACGAAAUAUACUACAACGUUAUCUCAGUCAAAGGCCAACUGUGGCUGAACUACUUGCUAGGAAGAUUCUGAGAUUUAAUGAAUAUGUAGAGGUCACAGAUGCUCAAGAUUAUGAUCGGCGAGCAGACAAACCCUGGACCAAAUUGACUCCUGCUGACAAGGCUGCCAUACGGAAAGAAUUAAAUGAAUUUAAAAGCUCAGAGAUGGAGGUUCAUGAAGAAAGCAAACAUUUUACACGCUACCAUCGUCCAUGAUGCCCAAGUUUGAGAGAAGUAAGACUCACCCAAAACUUACAGGCUGUUUUACUCCUGUCUUUGAUCUUGGG